UUAUCUUGGGGUUACACGAUACGCACAUGCUGUCAGUACCGAAAAAUUGAUAGACAACUUUUGAUGUGAAAAUAGUGAUCUUUAAAGUUAUAGCUGCUAAUUAACAAAAUAACAAUUAUAAUCGUAAUUUUUCUAUUUAUUUAAAAUGGUGGCAAAUCGAAAAAAAAAGUACGAAUCAGGAGAGGGUUCCUUAUUUAUCAAGAAAGCUGCUUUGAGGAAAUUACAAUUAACUUUGAAAGACUUUAGAAGAUUAUGCAUAAUCAAAGGUAUUUACCCAAGAGAGCCAAGAAACAGAAAGAGGGCACAAAAAGGCAGUACUGGCAUCAAAACCUUAUAUCACAAGAAGGACAUACAGUUUUUAAUGCACGAACCUAUAAUAUGGAAAUUACGUGAAUAUAAAAUAUUCAGUCGCAAAGUAGGCAGAGCAAAAGCUAUGCGUGACUUUGCGGCAAUGAAGAGAUACCUUGCAAAUCAUCCAGUUAUAAAAUUAGAUCACAUUGUAAAGGAGAGAUAUCCGACAUUUGUGGAUGCAUUGCGUGACUUAGAUGACUGUCUCACAUUAUGCUUUUUAUUCAGUACAUUUCCAAGCCUAAAAAAAACUUUUCAACAUGCAAAAUUGCAUCUUAAAUUAAUGAGCAUACAUUCUCACUUAAUCAACUCAUAUUUUAUGAAUUUGUAUGAACAUAAAUAUAUUAAUGAAAUUGUUACAUAAUAAAAACAUUUAGUCUACGGUCACAGAUCAACAUUUCAAACUACUCUUCUUUUAUUACAGCCACAGCACAAAAAUGAAGUAGAUUUCAAAGUCAUGUCCACAUUUGUUGAAUUUUAUACCGUUAUGCUCGGUUUUGUCAAUUUCCACUUAUACCAUAUGCUGAAUAUGUUUUAUCCACCAAAGUUUUCAAAUAUGUCACCUUCGGAUAAUGAUCUAUCACUUGUUGAUGAAGAUGUUUUUGUUGCUGAAAGAGUAGCAGCAUUAAAUGUACCUUUAUCUAAAAUUGGUGAAAAUUCAAAUGAAACUGAUGAGGUGGAUAUUGAUACUUUCCCUGAAAUUGAAGAUCCACAAAAAAUGGAAGAAGCUAAAGAAGAAUUUGAAAAAGUUAAAAAUUUGAAAACUUUAUUCAAAGGAUUAAAAAUAUAUAUCAAUCGUGAGGUACCACGGGAGCCUUUAGUAUUCCUGAUAAGAAGUUUUGGCGGUGAAGUAAGUUGGGAUAAAUUACUUUUUGUUGGAAGCACAUUUGAUGAAGAUGAUGAAACUAUCACUCACCAAAUAAUAGAUAGGCCUUCGAUUGAUAAAAAAUAUAUUUCGAGAUACUAUGUUCAACCACAGUGGAUUUUCGAUUGUGUGAAUGCCAGAACUUUGCUUCCAACAAGUGAUUAUUUAAUGGGUGCUAAAUUACCUCCUCAUUUGUCUCCAUUUAUUGAUAAAAAUAGAGAAAGAGACUAUGUGCCACCAGAAGAAGCAGCUAUGUUGGAUCCUGAGUUAUUACAAAAACAAGAAAAGGAAGAUGCUUCUGAAAGUGAAUCAGAGGAUUCAGAUGCAGACCAAAAGGAAGAAGAAACAUCUAAUAAAAAGUUGGUAGAUAAUACAAAGUCGAAGAAAAAAAAAAAACAAACUCCAAAUAUUAUUAAAGACCAAGAAGAAACCAAGUCUGAAGAGCAGAUUUUAGAUCCUGAAGAAUUGAGAAAUGAAAAGAAAAAGAAAAUGGCUGUGAAAACUGGUGAGGUCCACAAAGAAGAUCCAUGGGAAAAUAAAAGACAAGAGAAGCAAGAAUAUCGUUUACGUGAAAAAAUGAUCAAAAAGAAACAUAAAAAUCUUUAUAAGAGCAUGAUGCAAAGUAGACAAGAAAAAGCUAAGGAAAUUUGGCUAUUGAAGAAGAAACGUAGGUUACAUGAUGAAAAUGAAAAGCUGAAAAGAAAUUGAAGAAAAAGAGAGGCUAAAGGUAAAUUCAUUGUAACACCGCAAUAA